AUGCCAAAGCGCGUGCCUCUCCCAGGUACGGACUGCCUUCCGGAAGACAUUCUGCCUGUAGAAACAUCGCAGACGGAGAGCAAUGCGCUUUCUUUGAGAGCUUUCUUUUAUGAUUACUGCAUCAUCUCGACCAAUCCAAACCUUUCCCGAGGGUUUCUCUCUGGUCUUGAAAUGAUGGCUUAUCGUCGAGGACCGAAGUGUGACCUGGUGAAAGCUUGCCAAGCGGUAUCAUUUGCGACCCACGGCAAGCCGCUGAACAGACCACAGCUUGUACAUAAGGCUGGUGUUUUCUACCAAGAACUUCUCGGCUCCUUGGCCAAGGCUAUACAAGAUCCAGCUUCCACAAGUGCUGCAGAAACCAAAUUGAUUGCUAUGUUGCUGGGAAUCUUCCAGAUAACGAUGAGCGAUGAGACUAAUCCUGGGAACCACGAUGCUCAUGCAAAGGGCUUAGCAGCUUUUAUGCAAAUUGGAACCUCGCCUCUGAAUCUCUUGGGCACAGUUCGAUCCAAUCAAGGGCCACACGGGACCGCCAAUGUGCAAGUCGACAAGAUCCCAUCUGCUACAAAUGCCGGUUUCAGCAUCAAGCAGGUCUCUGGCGUGUUCUCCAUCCCUGCUAUGCGUGGCCAAGGGGAAAGUCUCGAUGAUUUGCUGCUUAGCCUAGAUUCAUUGUGGAAAAGAUCAGAAUCGUUGUUUGCGUCAAAAGAUCUGAAUGCGCUCAGGAAGGAAAGCAUCGCUCUAGACCAACGCUUUGCCGAGUGGGAAACCUCCCGAGCCACGGAAUUCAAACCCACCACCAUCUGCAAUGUCAAACAAAACCAUUCAGAAUCUGAAAUCGGCGUUGGCUAUUGGCCGGGGAAAAUCCACACGUACUUCGACCUUUAUGUUGCUGGUGUGUGGAACGUGAUCCGUACAGCUCGACUCUUACUACUUGCUCUCAUUUUCCAGCUCUCCGAGACCCUUGGCGAGAAUGACUCCUACGUUGAGCAUAUGCAUGUGGUCAAUCGCCUUGUCGACGAUAUGGCUGCGUCGAUUCCGUAUCACCUAACGGAUAAUCUGCAAGUCUUCAUAAGCCAGCGGUCAAGAAACAAAGAAGUCAUAGAUCCCGGUAAAUAUCUGGGAGGCCUGCUUCUUAUGCAUCCGCUUUACGUCACUUCAGAGAUGCGUUUUGUUCCUGAAAGAAUGCGAACGUAUAUGCGGAAAUGCCUUGCUUGGACUGGGUCGAAUAUGGGGUUUGGACAAGCCACUCUAUUGGCAAAUACCCCCGGAAUUGAUAGGGAAUUUCUAGCAAGCGGGUGUAUGAUCAUUUGGUCAGGAUUUCUUGAGUAA